UUGAAUAAGCGUCUGACAACCUAGAUUGAAAAGGAAAACAAAUAAAAGAAUAAAGUAUGACAGACUCUGAUUUAAAAGAACAGGGGAAUCGUUUUUUUACCGCAAGGAAAUAUGAUGAGGCCAUUGGAUGCUAUUCAAAAGCCAUUAUUAAAAAUCCAUACACAGCAACAUACUUCACAAACCGAGCACUUUGUUACAUAAAACAGAAACACUGGGAGAAUGCAGUACAGGAUUGUCGUAGAGCUUUAGAACUGGAUAAAACCCUGGUCAAAGGUCAUUACUUUAUGGGACUUGCUCUUACAGAACAAAAUCACCAUGAUGAGGCUAUAGCUUGCCUAAAACGAGCAAAUGAACUAGCUAAAGAUUCAAGAAAGAAUUUUGGAGAUGAUAUAACUAGUGCUCUAAGACUUGCCAAGAGAAAAAGAUGGAGUCAGUUAGAAGAUAAACGUAUACAGCAGGAAAUAGAUCUACAGUCAUAUUUAAACAAAUUGAUUAGGGAUGAUAUUGAAAGGUACAUGUACUAGAAAUAAGU